CUUCUUCUUCAAGGACGACUUUGACGACCAAAAAUCUCUAUCUGGCGCCCUUCGGUGCCUUAUCCACCAGAUUUUACUUCAGCAGCCCGAAUUGCUCGACAACGAAGUGCUACAGAAGUUCGAGCAGGACCAGCAGCUGAUGGGCUCGGCGACCGGGUUAUGGAACCUUCUUAUAACGAUAUCGCAGCGUAACACGGUUGCCGACAUCAUAUGCGUGCUCGACGCUUUGGAUGAAUGCCAUGAACAAGAUCGCCGGUUACUUAUCGGGUGGCUUGUAGAAUGGACCCAGCACAGAAGGAACGACAAGGCUUCGAAACUGAAAUUCCUUGUGUCAAGCCGGCUCUAUACCGACAUCAGUCGCAGCUUCCACAAGAUAGAAGCGCGGAUCCACCUGAGCGGCGAGAACGAUACCGAGAUGCACCAGAUCUCGCAGGAGAUUGACUUGGUUAUCACCGCGAAGCUAAAUGUCAUUGCGCCCAUCCUGAAUCUCAGCGCCAAGCAACAACAAUUGCUGCAACAGGAGCUGAGAAGGGUGCCACAUAAAACGUAUCUGUGGGCCUACCUUGUCUUUAACGAGAUCGAGGACAUAGUCGAGACGGACAGCAAGUCUCUCCUGGCAGCCGUCCGUACUUUGCCCCAGAGUGUGCACGACGCAUAUGAAAGGAUACUGAGUAGGAGCAGAAAUGCUGCGAAGACCAAGAGAAUGCUUUCAAUCAUAGUAGCUGCAAAAGAGCCUCUCAAUCUCCUGCAACUAGCCGAAGCCUGGGCAAUCGAACCGGGUCUUUCCACCUAUGACGAGCUCGAGGUCGUCUCCGAGCAGCAGACGCGUGACAAUCUCAGGGGACUUUGUGGGCUCUUUGUCAUUGUCUACGAACACAAGGUCUAUCUGUUGCAUCAGACCGCCAGAGAGUUCCUUCUUGAGAAAAACGACAUAGUCGUGAAAACGCAGCAGCUUGCUAGGUGGCAAGGGACCAUCGUGCUAGCAGAAGCUGAACUGGUCGUGGCGACCAUAUGCAUUCAGUAUCUCCUCCUCCGCAACAUCCCAACUUGGGCCGAAAACCAAGGCGACAACUCGUCGUCUGCUAGAAGAAAGAUCCUUAGUGGAAGUCGUCUCGUCUCCUCGCGAGCAGGCGGAGACACCGCUCAACACCAUCGAGCAGAGCGUACUCAAAGUGGUCUAUCCACGUACGCUGCUGAGCAUUGGGUUGACCACAUGCUCGAAACCCAAGGACUAGCCAGUGAGGAGCUCGUACGACAAGCGGCAAUGCUCUGCGACAGAACAACGCCAAACUUUUCGUCAUGGACUUCGGCCUUCUGGAAACUUUCCUCCGGCGGCCGUAGACGGCGUUCGUGGGAAGAGGCGACACCAUCAUCUCAACUGAUCGUGGCGUCCAUGUUGGGCCUCACGCCUGUGGUUGAACUACUUCUGUUGAAUCCGAUAAUAGAUUUGGAGUAUAGAGAAUCCGGAGUUUCCGCAACCGCUCUGGUGGAGGCAGCCCAUAGCUUUCGCGCCUCCUGGCCUUGCGAGAGACACUAUAUCGAAACCAUAACUCUGCUUCUCGCCAGAGGCGCCGACGUCAACGCAACAGAUACAAUGGGGUGGACAGCCCUGAUGGGGGCGGUCGAAAGUGGAUCAACAGAUGCUGUUGAACUCCUUCUUCGGCACGGUGCAAAUCUUGACACCGCGCACGAUGGGCUCCGAACGCCUCUGAUUUGGGCUGUCUCUGGCACGGAUCUGCCCAUAGUGCGUGUUCUGAUCGAGCAUGGAGCUGAUCCGUGCCAGGCGGACAUUGAUGGUAUUGAACCCCUGAUGUCAUUCGAGCAGGGAUGGACCUGUCCUGAUGAGGAAAUUGCCGACAUGAUUGGCAUCGCGGAGUUCCUUCUGCUCAAGGGUGCCGACGUCAACGCCCAGGGGCCCAAUGGCAGCACUGCACUCCACCAUGCUUGUCAAAGCGGCCCCAUCGAGCUCGUAGAGACCCUGCUCAAGCAUGGUGCGCAUGUCGAAGCGGAGGACGACUGCGGAGAAACGCCACUGAGACGAGCAGUCGAAUGGGCGCCUACAUCAUCGCUUGUGCAGCUGCUCAUAAGCAACGGAGCUGACGUGAACCACGCCGACAUCUACGGGCGAACACCCCUAGAUGUCGCAGCGGCACGGAAAACUGUCGAGUUGCUCCUUGAAAAUGGGGCAGAGUACGGAACCGUGACCGACAAACACCUGGAGGAUCUGGAAUCGGCCAUAUGGAGCAGAAACCAAACGGCAGUCAAGUUCUUGCUUGAACAUGUCACUGACACUGCGAGGAUUUUGAAGGCAAUUGAGAUGGUGGCCCCCCUGAAGGAAAGCGGCAUCAGCGCCAUCAAACUCAUGCUGAAGCAGAGGCUGGCAAAGGUUGCCGUGCUGGAAACCAAGAAUCAGCCGGUUGGGCCACAGCUGCCGGACUGAUCAUGUGAAGGAGGGAGUCCACCGCCCAUUUUGACUAUGAUAGACUCUGUAUUCGUUGCAUCAAGGCUUAAGUCGAGAAGCGUGCGCGCCACAUCAGGCGAAGGAG